CGCCAGGCUCGGCUUCCGGGAGUUCAGCGGGGAAUGUUUCUGCACUCUGAGAGCAAGUGCUAAUGUGAAAAGUUUUCAUUUCGUGACCUUUGGCUCUACCUGAGAUACUAUCACUUUAAAGAAGAUGAAUGAAGCUAAAUUUGUGUACCAGAACAUUCCACCAGUGACUUUACAUUUGUCAGAAGAGACUACCACAUCCAGUGUAUGUGUAAGCAAUAUGGAAAAUGUUGAGAACCAGUUCAAAGAUUUUGUGGAAAUAUUCCUUGUCGAAGUUUACAGAUGUAAAAUCUGCACAUAUGCCAGCAGCCUGAAGGUCAAAAUGAACUCCCACAUUGAAAAUCUUCACAAACCCAAGAGCAAUGAUCGGCUUUCUAAGAAGGUAACGAGUACAUGUCACACAGAACAUGACUCCUCAUACAGUACUGAUAUAGAAAUUGACACUGAAAGUAAAGUGGCUGAGGACAUUAUUGUGGACAAUCUAGAGAGGAUGUCAUUUCUUCUUCCUAUGUACAGGAUGCUUCACAACAUCAGCCCAGUGUCCUGUGAAAUGGGACUGAGAGGGCACAAUGAUAAUCUUCACUCUGCUGAUGCAUGUGAGGUCAGCACACUGUUUGAAGUGGAGUCUACACCUUUUCAGGUAGAUGGACCUCACUCUGUGGUAUCAGGGCCUGUUGGAACUGCUGUGCCUGAAGAUGAUGAGGAAGCUCAGUCAGAACACCUUAUGUCACUCGGCCUUUGCCGGAUAUCCAAUAGUAAUAAAACUCAUACAAUGAACAUGGAAACCGGUGAUGAAAGUAUCAUUCUAAAGAAGCAAAGGCAUCUUAGUAAAAAAAAACGGAGUGUAAACCGAUGCUCCAAUAAUACCGGAAACUCUCAAACUGGCUUGAAAAAUGAAUGCUAUAUUUGCAAGAUGUGUAAACUAGACUUUAAGUCAAAAGACAUUUAUAACCUCCACUUGAACUGUCAUGAUAGUGACUCAGGUUUUAAAUGCAUGUACUGCAGCUCCUGCAUGACUGAGUGGACCUCGAUGGAACAGCAUCUCAGGAGCCACAAUGCCAAAGGGUUGAGUUACAGUUGCUCAUUCUGUAAAAAGGUUUUUGCCAGGCGGAAUGCUUGGAAACUGCAUGAAGUCACUCAUCAACAAAAGUCAGGCCCCUUCUACUGUUCAAAGUGCCCAUCUUUUUAUUCAUCUGAGCAUGUGAGAGACUUGCAUUCUGCUUGCCAUUAUGAAGAGGCUUUUAAAUGUACAGCAUGUGACUUUACUGAUGAAGCAUGGAGUAAGGUUUAUAAACAUCUGUGUAACCAUGACAAUAGUAUUAAGCCACAUGGAUGUACCGACUGUGGCAAGAGAUUCUUCAGAACAGUUGAAUUGAAGGAACAUAUGGCGAGGCAUAAUGAGGCAAGACCUUAUCUCUGCCAGUUUUGUGGACGGUCAUUCAAGUAUAGAAGGCAGAUGAAUAAACAUCGCAGACAUGUCCAUCAGACGGCAAAAGAAGAAAGGAGAGAAAAUGAAAAUGAUCCAACAAGUAAACAGCAUGUGGAGAAGGAGCCUCAACAUAAGUCAAAAAAGCCAAACAAAGAAUUUCACUGCAGUAUUUGUACCAGGAAAUGCUCCUCCAAGUUGGCACUACAGAGACACAUGGGAACACACACUGGUAUAAAACCAUUUCAUUGUCAGCACUGUGAUUAUAAAACCAGGCUAAAGGCAUCACUGAUACAGCACAUGAGAGUUCACACAGGUGAGAAGCCCUUCAAGUGUACAAUCUGCCAAUAUGCCUCCAUUGAUGCCAGCUCUUUAAGGCGACAUUCCCGCACACAUUCUACUGAGAAACCUUACAAAUGCCAGCUCUGUUCUUAUAGUUGCAUCCAAAAGAAGAGCUUGGAUCUUCAUGUGCGCCGGCAUCACACAGGUGAGACCUUUGGAUGCCAUUUAUGUGUCUACUCCUCACCUGACAAACAGCUUUUGCAAAAGCAUCUGAAGAAACAUCAGAAGGAGAUGGAAGAAACUUUAAGGAGCAUUCAAACAACCCCUCGAGGGGAGCCAUUUACAACAGAAAAUUUUGUGGGAGCCCAUGACAUCCUGCAAACUAGCAAACCUUAAGAAACUGUGUUCACAUAUCUGUAAACGAGAAGUUUCUCCCAACUGUUUUUAAUAGGCUAGCUGGGCUAGCUGUUACCAUCUCAGGAACUGGCAAUACUAACUAAAUUCACUGAUGGCUUGGAGUGUGUUCCAAGAUUGUUCGCAUUCUGAAAGGAGCGUUGGUAUGUUAAGAGUUAGAAUCUGCCAGUGAAUUGUGAGAAAGUUAACUGUACAGUCUCUUAUGCUAACAAAAAAAUAGUGUCUCUGUUUUCCAGCCGUUUAGACCUUUUCUAUUCAAGCAUGCUCAACCCCAGCAUUGCCCCACUACUUAUUUACUUUUCAAGGAAGAGUCAAAGCGGUGGGUUUAGUUUUAUAAGGACUGUAUUUGCACAAAGGCUGCCCCAAAAAAUUAAAGAAUAAAUUAAAAUUUAAAACACAGACCAAAGAAUGAAGAAACCUCUUGAUCAAAACCACUGCUCUAUACGUUUAGCAUGUUGUUAAUAAACAGUGUGUGCCAAUGCACGUGCUCUUCAAAAGAAAGAAGACAUGGUUAGGAGCAAUUUUGACCUUCUCUGCAGCUUUUCCGCCACAUUUGAUUUCAUCAUGCAUUCUGAUAGUCGAACUGUUAAACUUUGCACUGUUACAAUCAGCCAGAGCUGUGAAAUGUUUCCACCAACACACAGCCUGCAAUUGAAUAUGGAUGAGUUGCAUGAAUGAAAUUGCAUGAUUGCUUUUAGGUUUUGCUAAUCUCAUUAUUACCCAAACCAUCAAAUGCAGUGAAGUUAUUAAUUUAAGAAAAUAAACUUAUACAGGCACUUGGAGUUACAAAGCAAUGUACAAUGAUGUGCUAGUAAUGCAUUUUUACCUGAAGAAGAAUAGCUGGAAAUUACAUUUAGAAAUAUUAUUUGAGCGCUUAAUGCAUUGGUAUAGUGGUAUCAGUCUUGAUUUGGUAGUAGCUUAGACCUCUGACCUCUGAGUUAGAAUGUCCUGUGUUCAGGUUUCGCCAAAGACACUUAAACAUAUAAUCUAGCAUGACACUUCAGGACGCUACUGAGAGAACACUGUCCUGUGCUGUCUUUGAUGGAUCAGUUCCUUGAAGAAUAGGAUUGCAAACAGAUGCAAAAUUCAGUGUUGGAUGUGAUAUUGAACUGUUUGACCUCAAUAUGAAACUUGGCCCAUACUUCCAAAGAGGAUCAACCUGUAGUACAGUUGAUCCUUAAUACUUGGCUUGCAAUCCAGAGAAGUGCACAGGGAAAUGGUAAGAAAUGUGGAAGUUGAAAACCAUAGAGUUGUAGAUCAGGAUGAAAUGUGGAGAUCUGAUGUCAUAUUUCAGAUAAAGAGAUGUAAAAAUCCAGUGGCAAAUGAUAUAGUGGUCUGAGUCAAUGUCUUAAAUCAAUGUGCCCACGAACACUACCAUGCAAAACCAUUGUGUUUUCUCCUUUUAAAAGUUUUAGAAAUGUUUCAUGUAUUUGUAUAGGUUGGUUUUGUUUGAAGCUUGGCUUUCAGUUCUGUAAGACAGUAUUUAGUAUUCUGAAGGCAAGUUAUAUUUGCAUACUAAUUUGCUGAUUUCAGCAUCUUCUUUGGAAUACAGAAAGAAACAAACUUCAUCUCCUGAGAGUCCGUGAAUUUGGAGUUGGCGAAGACCCAGCUCUUUUGUUGUUUCUCAUUUCUGAAACAACUGAAGCCUCUUGUCUUACAUUAGUUCUCUCUGCUCUCAGUGCACAGUUGACAGCACAGAAGAAACAAAAUUAUGGUGGUCUCUACAUGACUGCAAGCCUCCUGAUCUAUCACCGGAGUCUCUCCUAGUGGUCUUCAGAAUGUGCUAAACGGGAUGAUUGUGCCUGUUCCCUAUGGCCUUUCUGAUCCAUGUGGCUAGAUACCACACGAGGCAGUGAAUUCACCCAUAGAGCCAUCUAGGCAGGCUGGUGCUUAUUGUAAAUUUUCCCCAGUCAGCCUUCAGCUGCUCAACUAAGUCAGCAGAGGAGAGGGAUAGAACCAGUAGCAAUCUGUAUUUUACAGAUUAAUGUUCCCAAAAGAGGCUAUUUAGUCAAAUGAGAUAUUAGAAGUUAAUUCCUUCUGUUUUUGGGAAAUGAUGCCUGGUGAGAAUAUUUUGUCUACAAAGCUGGAAAAAGAUAUACAACAAGCAGUUAUUGUUGCAAUGUUCAAUAUCUUUCAUAAUAUAUUCUGAAUGUAUUAACUACUUUCUAUAAAAUUUGGAGCUAAAUAGUGUAUGGAUUGCAUGGUAUACUGCUAAUACACUGUGAUAAGAAGGUCCUAGUUCAGUAUUUACCUUGAGUUGCACAAUUUGAUCUUAUCUGGAAUGAGUUUAUUUUUUCAUGCAACAAAACAGAUGCUGGGAAAGCCACAUGUAUUUUCCAUUCCUAAAUGGGUGCUCAAGAAAUGGGAAACACACUUAUAAAGUGACUUUCAGAAAAUCCUAACUGCUUUACAAUUAAUCUUAAAAUGAUUUUGAAGUUUAUGGUGGUUUAUUAUGCACUCGCUACUAUAAAAUAGGAAGCAUUAUAGCCUACUUGCGCAAAGCAAGCUCCAUGCAAAUGAUUAUCAAAUAAGUAACCAGAUAUUCAAUUUUAGAUAUUGACUGAGGAAUAAAUUAUUUUCCAGAACACAAGGAGAAUCCUACUUCAGACACUACCAUGGAAUCCUCCAUGUCAACUUCGGUGCAGAAGUUUAGGCUAAUGUUCAUAUACGUACUGAGGGUAGCUGCACAGUCUCGGGUGCCAUCUUUUGUAUCAGACAUUAAACAACCUCACCACCAGUUAAGAGGAGAGCAGGAUUGUUAACCCUGAUAGCUAGCUGACCAUCUGUGCAUCGGAAUGACAGAUUAUCUAUUCACUAUCACUUUAUUGCUAGUCAGAGUUUGCUGUGGGCAAAUUGGCUGCAGUUUCUACUACAUCAUAACAAUGACGACACUUCAAAAGCAUUUUCUUGGGUCUGAAGCAUUUCAGGAUGUCCUGAGGUGUUUUACAAACGGAAGCCUUUUACUUUUUCUUUUACUAAAGAGGGCUGACAGUAUCUCAAAAAAAUGUUUUUUUUAAAUAGCCUGAAUAGCUUUGAUGGGCAAUUCAAAGGACACUGUGAUACUGGUGACCUCUUCUCCCUGAAGAUUUUGACUUCUGUUGGUGUACAAUUCCAUAGGCAUUAAGUAUUAAUUUUCCUAAAAAAAUUUUGUUUUCCAAAAAAACUUGAAGGAUUUCUCAGAUAUGACAAUUCUAAGGAGGUGGAUCACAUACCUGCUUUGUCAACCAUUCACUUAAAUGGAAGUAAAAUUGUGUUGGAUCUCAUUCCUGAGAAUUCUGUGUUGUUGUGAUUUCGGGUAGAGUCUCUGGUUGUUUCUGCUGCUUAGAUCCCCAACGAGGUAAGAUAUCACAGAAUCCAUACAGUGUGGAAACAGGACAUUCGGUCCAACAGGUCCACACUGCCCCUCCAAACAGCAUUCCACCCAGACCCGUUCCCCUAACCCUGCAUUUCUCAUGUGUAACACACCUAACCUAACCUAAACAUCCCUGGGCACUAUUAGCAAUUUAGCAUGGCCAAUCCACCUACCUUGCACUUCUUUGGACUAUGUGAGGAAAUUGGAGCACCUGGAGAACACCCACGCAGACACUGGGAGAACAUGCAAACUCCACACAGACAGUUGCCCAAGGUCAGAAUCACAUCUGGGUUCCUGGCGCUGUGAGGUAGCAGUGUUAGCCACUGAGCCACCGUGCUACCCCCGUAAGAUGCUGAGUUUUAGUAAACUUCAAAUUAAACAAAGAACUGGAGAUCUGAAACAAAGAAUAAAUACCUGGAAAAACUCAGCAGAUUUGGCAGCACCUGCAGGGAGGAAGCAGAGCUAAUGCUUCUAGUCCAGUGACCUUUCUUCAGAACUGAUAGUAGUCUACUAUGCUUAUGCAUCAUAGUGUGUCAAUGGUUAGCAGGGACCCAGGUUCGAUUCCACUGUAGGGACCAUGUGGGGUUUGCACAUUCUCCCCACGUACGCACAGGUUUCCUCUGGGUGCUCUGAUUUCCUCCCACAGUCCAAGGAUAUUCAGAUUAGGUGGAUUGGCCAUGCCAAACUGCCCAGUUGUAUCCAGGGAUCAUUAGCCAUAGGAAAUGCAGUGUUACAGAGACAGAGUGGAGGUUGGUUCUGAUAGGGAUGCUCUUUGGAGGGUUGGUGUGAACUCAAUGGGACGAAUGACCUCUUCCACAUAGUAGAGAUUUCUGUAAUUCUAUGACAAGGUUUUUGGGUUAGCUGAAAAUAGGUUGGUUGCGCUGAAAGCACCUCUAGGCUUGAUAGGGCCUGCAUUGUGGAGUGGGUAAAAGACACGCAGGGAGGUAUUCAUGUACCAAAAUUAUUGAACGCAAUGUUGAAUCCUAAAGUCUGAAAGGUCCUCAAGCAGAAGUUGAGGUUUUGUCUUCCAACUUGCACUGAGUCUUGCUAGAGCACUGCAGUAAACCUGAGACAGAAAUGUUGGCAAUGAGAACACUCUGGUGUGUUGAAGAGGCAGACAACCGGAAACUUGGGGCCAUUUUUACUGACAGAAUAUAGAUGUUCCACAAAGCAGCCACUGUCCACGUUUCGUCUCCUCAGUGAAGAAAGUACUGCAUUACGAGUGGUGAAUAGAGUAGAUUAGAUUGAGUGAAGUGCAGAUAAGUCAUUGCUUCACCUGCUGUGGGGCCUUGGGCAGUAAGGCCGUAGGAGAUAAUGUGAUGCGACUUUUACAAUUGCAUGUGCCAUGGGGCUGUGGGAAGAUAUUCAGAGUGAAGGAGGAGUCCAACCUGAGUGUCCUGGAGGGAGUGAUCCCUGUGGAAUACUGAGAGGGGAGGUGAGGGUUACAUGUGUCUAGCCAUCUUAAUGCUGUUUGGCCAUGAAAUAUUAGCAAAAGUCAAACCGGAAGAGGGGAGAGACAGUUGGAUCAGAUUGAAUAUCACCCUGUGAUGCAUUAGCAGGCAAGUUGUCAAGAAAUUAUCUAACUUUGGUCAGGAUAUUUUAAUUUCCUUUCUUCUAGCCUUAAGAAUUAUUGAAGAGAGGCUGGCUACUAACUUUUCUAAGAUUAGUUUAUCCAUGGUAAUAGACAAAAUGGUUCUGAUGAAAAGUCAUGUCAAUUUGAAGUAUUAACUCUGUCAAUCUGCACAGAUUCUGUCUGAUCUGUUGACUAGUUCCUGCAGCUUUUAUUUCCUUUUCAGAUUUCCAGCAUGCACAGUAUUUUGCUGUUUGUACGUUAUAUAAUUAUGCAAUUCUUACGUAUCUGCACGCCUUUCUUUCACAGUUGAACAGGAAUGCCCAUAAUCUGAAAUUGUGGUCAGUUUACAAGGGAGGUUAGCAGAGUUACCCCUGGGUAAGAAGUAGCAGGGGUAGUGGUAGUGCCACUGGACUACUAAUCCAGAACUCUAGGCAAAUGGUCUGGGGGUAUGGUCGAUGGUGAAAUUUGAAUUAAAUAUAAAUCAAGAAUAAAAAGCCAUCCUAAAGAUCACUAUGAAACCACUGUCAAUUGUCAUUUUUCUAAAAAAAAAUCCACCUGGUUCACUCAUGUCCUUUAGGGAGGGAAAUCUGCUGUCCCCAUCCAGUGUGUCCUUCAUGUGGACUCCAGACCACAUCCCUUGAAUGAAUAAUGAGUUCCUGUUCCCUUGGUGUUCUGUCUUAUCCCUCACUACCACCACAACCACUGUCCAUAAAUUUACCCCCACCUGGAUCCCUGAGACAGUAACAAAGUCAGGAAUAAAUAAAUCCAAUUAGUAAUCAUCAGAAGCGAAAUGUGUGAGCAUCUGGUUUCUGAAAAAAUGGAAAUAUCUAACAGGCCACAACAUAGCUAGAACUUAACAUUGCCCAAUGUGUUUCAAUUGCAUGUUAAUUAUGUGGUAUCAGCAGUGUUUGUGUUUGAAGUAGGGGUAAUUCAUCACCCUAAUUGAUCAGCAAUGUUCAUGAAGAUUUGUGACUACAAUUGUUUGUUUUCUAUUGAAUGGGUACAUUAGGAAGCUAACGACUUGAUCUGAUUAACAAUUUAUGUGAAAAUGAUUUCUACCGAUCGAUAGUGUUUCUAGAAAUCAAAUCUCGUGAUGAUAUUUCAACUUGAUAUAUUGUAUUAAUACCCUGUAACUGGCAGGAAAAGCACGUUUGGAAUCAAGUGAAUAUUUUGAACUACUCUGUAUGUCUGAAAAUGUACAAUCUAACUAAAGUGAUGUUUGACAGAAUUUCUCAUUUUCAACUGAACAAGGUGAUUUUUUUAAUCAGGAGAGACAAGGUAAAACCCAAGUUAGGCAGUUUUUGUUUGAAUUCCUUGUUUGCACAAGUUGCUGUAUUGUUUAAACAGCGCAAAGAGCCCUUGGUGAAUUUGUACUGAUGUGCAGCAAGGAACAUUGUACAACAGCAGUGUUGACUGACUGGAAAGUAAUCCAGCUCUUAAUAAAUAGGUCUCAGGCACUUAGUGUAAAAGUUGGGAGUAUGAAGUUUGCGGAACUUGUGAACUGUAAGCAGAAGGAGCUGUUCAAGGAAAAUCAGGGAGCUACAGAAACAAAAAUGAAUUUUAAAAAAAGGGACUACAGGAAGUUUUAGACCACUAUCUUUCAAAACGCUCUUCCACGUCAUACCCAAUAUUUGCCAUGAAUGUAAUGCGCUUUUGGCGAUUUU